AAAGUUUGUUUGCCGCUACUGACUUUUUAUUGAGGUGAGUCUGAGAAGUCCAUAUCAGGUUGGUCCAAGCUAUGGCAAACCCCGCCUCAUCUGAAACUCUUGCAAGAAGCAUAAACGAGAGUUCCUUCCACAUGCCAUAUGUUUGGAAAACUUGCAGUGAUGAGCAAUAUACAUGGAUUGUGGUUAGGAUAGAUCAGACUUCCUAGCCUGAAGGGGCUGCUGCAAUCAAAUCUGUUGUUGAAGUCAUAUUUGUUUUUGGACUGGAACAGAGUUUUGGCUAAGCAUUUUCUCUCUUUCUUAUAGGUUUGUUUUCCUGGCACCCUGCAUUCAUGUCAAUAGCAUUCUGCCUGUGCCUGACGGAAGCCAUCCUGAUCUUCUCGCCAGAGGGCCUCCUCUUCUGCUCCUGCUCCCACAAAACGAAAGUGCAGCUGCACUGGACUGCCCAGAUGCUGGCCCUUGUGGCUGCCACACUGGGCUUGGCCUUCAUUGUCUCCAGCAAGAACCGGAGCGAGCUUCCACACUUGGUCUCCUGGCACAGUGUUCUGGGCCUCCUGACUCUCCUGGCUGCUUGUGGGCAGGUCUUGUCUGGAUUCUGCCUUCGCUUUCCUCGGCUGCUGAGGAUCUCGUCCGUGGGUCGCCUCCGGCUCGUCCACAUGGUGUACGGACUGAUCGUUUAUCUGCUAGCCACCUUCACUGUGGCCCUGGGCAUUUAUUCUGACUGGUUUCAGGCCCAGAUUAAAGGGGUGGCUUGGUAUUUCUGCCUGGGGUUGCCUUUCUGUCCGGCUUUGGUUAUUGUGAAACAGAUUACUAGAACUCGUAAGAAGAGACAGUACAUUUGAGUUGAGUCUCAUCAGAACCCCCUGGAAUCAAUAUCUCAUCCCCAUUGUUUUCUCAUAUCCUUAGUAUUUAUAACAGCUGAAUUAAGCCUUCUGUUGACACCUGCUUCUGUGUUUUGUGUGCUGUGCCGUGUUUUGUCAAAGUGACGUUUUGUUUUGUUUUAGGUCAAGUACAUGCUAAUACUAGUACCCCAGCAUUCUGGAAAUAUGCUGAUUCAAUUUUCCAGCUCAUUUAUCAGGUAGUCUCAAGUGCUUGGCUGAGCCUC